AUGGUGCAAGAACUUGUGGCAACGCAGGAGGUAUCUACCGCAAGAGAAGGGGAGAAGUCCGAGCGCAUUAAGGUUGGUGAUUGUGGUGUAGAUAUGUAUGGUACUAUGAUCUCAUCAUUUCAGGAAACGAAGAUUGUGGAGACUCGUGUAAUUGAGAGGAUCAUUAGGGAAGGAAGUGAGUGCAGUACAAAGGAGAAACAAACGACUGAUCAGCAUGUAGAGAUAUCUACUGCAAAGGAAAUAGAGAGACGGCCUAUUAUUGAAGCUGUUCCCGACUGCUUAGUAGCUGAAAUCGCGCCUGUACAGGUACAGUGCUGGAGUGAAGAGGUGAAGCCAGAACAACUGCAUAUGGCGCAAGAACUUGUGGCAACGCAGGAGAUAACCACUGCUAAAGAAGGACAACGUUCAGAACGCUCAGAAGUUGUCAAGGAGACGAGAAUUGUGGAGACUUAUGUGACUGAGAAAGUCAUUACGGUAAGCUAG